AAACACAAACACAUCAGCCGACAGUCAAGAGCGCGGUUGCCUGUUCAUCCGAAUUCAAACCACCUGCCCUAUCGAUCGAUUUCGGCCGGGCAGGAGCGCCGUUGAGUGGCUGAGAGGCCUGCAGGGGUUCGAGCGGAUCUUCAUGCUCUCUGUCAGCGGGAUCUCAUGGACGACGGACAGUGGCAGAGCGACGGCCCAGUGAGGCGGGGAGGAGUAACCGACCCUGACCUCCUAAAUGACUCUGACUCCAGCCGCAGCCCAGACGAAAACCAGGACCGACUGGUGGAGGAAGCGGAGGAGGUCGAACAGGGGCCCCGUGGUGGACAGAGGCCCCUCCGACAGGAUAAUACUAAUAACAACGGUGAUGACGAAGAUUAUGAUAGCUCCAAAGUAGAGGACGAGGAAGACGAGGAGGAGGAAGAGGUGGAUAUUAACAGUGGCGCAUACUCUCCAGAGCUGGAUGGACACAUCCGAGACUCACCAACACCCAGCCCCAGUCCCACAGUGUCAGAGGGGCUUGUGAGCCCUGAAGGGACGCCUCACGGUGAUGCUGGAUCACCCCAGGGCUUCGCUCGCUCCCUGGUGGCGUCUCUCCAGGAGCUGGGGGAGCAGGGAGACCACCCUCUUCUGCCACAGUGCCUCCAUCAGAUUGCAGAGUCAUAUGUGCGUGAGGAGGACUAUGAGAGAGCAGUCAGGUUCAUACAGUUAGAGAGACUCUAUCACGAACGUCUGCUGUCUAACCUCGCCGCCCUACAGAAGCAGUGGGAGAGGAGAUGGAGUUUGGUUGGCCAGUGUCAGGACGGUCCAGAAGACAGAGACAGUGACCUGGAUGCUGAACACCAGGAGAAACUGAGACACAUCUGCAGAACACACAGACAACCUGCAUGGAGCGUUAAGAAAUGUGAGCUGUCCAAAGUGCAAAGGAACAGUGUGAUCAGAGAAACACAGGGAGGAGAGCAAAACCUGAACACGCAAGAGCUUUCAUGCCGCUCAGGGAAGGCUAUGGAGGAUCAGAGUACAUGUGAGGCACAACAGGAAGUCAUCCAGCCUGACGAUUGUAGCAGGACUGCCCCACAAUCCCUCCAGAGCGAACAGCAGCAUGACCCCUCCCCCUCCUCGGCAGUGACAGCCUGUGAGGAUGCAGGAGCAGAAGAGGAGAGCGGGAGUGUGGCAGCUUCCCACAGGGAUGCCGCACCAGAGCCCCAGUCACCAAUGGACGCUGCUCAACCCCACAACACAGAGGCCCAGCCGCCUCAGACGGACACUGAUGGCCCCGGAGUGGUGAUGGAGGGAACGGUGGACACUGUGGAUACGGGGCAGGAUGAGGUGGAGCCCGUCCCACACACUAAGCAGGUUCCUCUGGAGCAGGACGUUCCAGAGAAAACACUAGAGUUGGAGCUAGAGGAGAACGGGAACGGAGUGGAGUCGCUGGAUAUUAUGAAUGUGUCCAUGCUGGAUGACAUGGCCAAACGCAUACAGGUGGAAGAGAUCACUCCAGCUGCUGGUCUUGUGUCUAUCUUGAAGAGAAGAGUCUCUCUGGAAGGAGCCAACAGCUCUGUCCCUGCCGCCCCUAAACCGGUCUCUAAACGAAAGGUCCGUUUCCGAGAGCCUGACGAGGGCCUGGACCAUGAUGAGGUGGGCGGAGACUCCUGGCUGCUCCUCCUCUUGUUGUGCUUGGCUACCGUGGUGAUCAGUGUGGGCGGGACUGCGCUCUACUGCACUUUCGGAGACGCCCAGUCCAGUGUGUGCACAGACUUUUCCCAUAAUAUGGACUUCUACAUAGGACAGGUGCAGAGGGGCAUGGAUGAAGUCAAACACUGGCUGUCCCCGAGCUCAUAGCAGGACGGGACGACUCGUUUUCUUCUCCGUUUCUUCUUCUCAGUAGCCUCAGUGAUCUUUAAUGCUGAGAUCUCCUCAUACAAAGGCCUUUGCUGGGUCACGCUGUCCCGGAUGAAGCCCAAACGAGCCCGUCUGUCAGGUCCUAAAGGGGACGUCCAGCCCCUGCACAGCAAACCUCUUUGGCCAGUUUUUGACUCAAGUAGCCCACUGUUUACUGCCGUCAACUGAACCUCAUAUGACUUCAUUUUUAAAGUCUUAAAUUUAAAAUCGUAAUACUUGGUUGACAGAGUUGUGUCUUUUAUUUAUUUGAAAAUUGAAUGACCAUCAUGGUACUGAAGAUAUAAUAAUGGACAUAAUCAUCUGUAGCCUGGACGUAGCAUUUUCCUGUGGUGGGUUUGGACUUAUGGAAAGAUGUUUAUAGGGACAGAAAAGCAAUACAUGUAUAUUGAGGAGCUAUAGAUAUAGAUAUAUAGAUACAGUCAGCAGAGAGGCAAAGUCUCGGUUAUCAUAGUUAUCCAUUUAUUAAUAUAGGAAAACAAAAAUAAUUUUUCAGUAGAUUCAGCAACAUUGUCAUUAUUAAAAAGUUAAAUCACUGAAGAUAAUCAAUAUAUUUUCUUUAAAAAAAUCUGUCAGAUUCUGUACAUACAGUUGACAGUGUUGUGUACCAUCCAUC